GCUGGUCAAGAUGUCCUCAAAUGCGCUGGCCUGCAUCUGCAAUGUGAUUAAUCCUUGUCGCAACGAGGUCUCCACCACCUUUGUGGUGGUCCAGUGGCUCAUCACUGGGUUUGCGGCCCUCGCCCAGGUGGUGCGACCCGUUCUUCUGCUCUUCGGCAUUCGCGGGGAGGUGGCCCUAAACCAGGAGGACUACAACAAGACCUGGAUCUAUAUGCCCAAUGGACAGGGUAAGCCCGAAGUGGCCUAUCUGGUGGAACCGCCGCCCGAGAACCGUAUAAAUCUGCCCCAGCUCAUCAAAUUCGAACUUUAUGGAAGCGACUCGAGUUCCAGUGCCGACUUCUGGAUAGAUGACAACGAUUUUGAGUUCCCGCAACGCCACAAGCGAGACACUUGGCAGGAGAUGGCCGAAAAGUUCAACCCGGAAUUGGACACAAAAAUUCUGGUCCACGGUUGGAAGUCCAGCACCAUGAGCAACUCGAUCCAGUCGAUUCGCGGAGCCUACAUUGAACGUGGUCAGGUGAACGUGUUCGCCAUCAACUGGAAGGAUCAGGCGGAUAAUAUUUACUACCUGACCCCGGCACGAUACACGGUGCAAGUGGGUAGGGCGGUUGCCAAGCUGAUUGACCUCCUGGUGGAGGAGAAGGAUGCGGAUCCACAGAGGAUCCACCUCAUCGGCCACAGUCUGGGAGCACACAUAAUGGGCUAUGCCGGGUCAUACACAAAGUACAGGGUCAAUCGAAUCACUGGCUUGGACCCGGCUCGACCUGCAUUCGAGGAUUGCAUUGGACCCGAGAAUCACCUGGACGACACGGAUGCCAACUUUGUGGACGUAAUUCAUAGUUGCGCCGGCUAUCUGGGGUUCCGAAAACCCAUUGGUAUGGUGGACUUCUAUCCAAAUGGCGGGGGACCACCACAACCUGGCUGCAAGGAGCUUUCGCAGAUUUUCACUGGUUGCAGCCAUGGACGUUCCUACGAAUAUUACGCAGAGUCCAUAAACUCUCCCAAGGGCUUUUAUGGUGUUCCCUGCUCCGGAUUGGACGAACUUAAGGGAAAGAACUGCACGGGUGGCAAAAUCCUAAUGGGUGAUCCUGUUCCACGGGACGCUCGAGGAAUAUUUUUUGUAAAAACGGCCAACAAACCUAGCUACGCCCUGGGAAUCGAUGAUAUCUUGAGCAACUAAUUUCGUCGUUUUCUUUAAUUAUUAAAAUCAUAUUUAUUAUUCAUGUACAAC